AUGAGUGGCCGCAACGUAAACAAAGUAGAUGGAUCGCUUGUGGGCCCGGCUUGGAUGGUUCCACCAACCGAUCUACGCUAUCCGAUCCUGUCAGUUCGGGAGUCCACGCACAGCUUCCCAUUCAAGGGCAAGAUGCUUCAGUAUGACAUGACAUACUUAGGCAUGCCAUUGCAUGACGGUGAUGAUGACUUGGACCCUGCACGUUCGACGCCUGUGCUUAUGAAAGUGAUCAAGGGCCCAACUUUUGCUCUUCUGAUGCGCUCUGAUCUGCUGGCAGAGGAAUGGAAGGCGAAGAAGACUCUCAAGCGAUCGUAUCCAGGGCACGCGCAUGCGGCUGGCGAAGAGUCUUGGCCAUUAGGUGAUGACGCACUUGCAGAGUUUGGUUUGGCUCCGAAUGGGUCUGCACUUGCAGACCCUUCCAAUCGCCGCAAACGCGGCAAGAAUCUUGAUGCAUUGUCUCCCAGCAAGAAAAUGCGGGUCGACCCCGCGGCACGCCAUCUAAUUCGUUGA